AUGGCCUGCCUUCCGUUGUCCGCCUGUGACGAUCCGCAGCCAGCCCAUACUUUACCAGAUGUUCAGCCGGGUGGCAUGAAUUAUGCUGUAAUUAUCUGGUCUUCGGAAUUCCGAAACACAUCGAUCCUGAAACUGGCUGAUCAGUUUGGUACCAAACAUCAAUCGGCUACCCCAGAAACAAUCGCUUGCCAUGAAAGGAGGCAGGUCAGCGGACCUAGAAAGGCGAUUGGCGCCGACGCCAGCGCAGAGGACUGUGUUGUGUGCGAUGUAUGA